CAGGGCGCGGCGCGCCGCGGGGACGCUUUUGGCGGCGGACAGCGGCGCUGCGCGGGGUGCGGCGGGGCUGCGGGGCUCACACGCGGUGUGCCGGCUGUCCCGCUGGAGCCAGGCACAGCCCUUCCCCGAGCGCUCAGCCGGAGGUUCCCGUGGGCAGAUCGUGGCCCCGGCCCCAGCAGAAGAGACAGAGCAUGUUCUCAAGGUGCUGUGCUCCCAUGGGACUGCUUUUGUAAAGAAGCAAGAAGUGAUAAACUGUGUGCUUGGGGAUUGUCAUCUUGAAAGAGCUGAGGACUGGAAGAGCACAAAGAAGGCAGGCACAAAACUUGUUGAUGUGGAAGUACAGCAAGGCAGUGGGCAGGCUACAGAAGCAGACCCAGAAGCAGCUGGUGCACCUUUGGAAGCAGUCCCUGGUGUCAGCACUGCUGAGCAGAUGCAAACCAGUGUAAGAACCACAGAGCAAAAGAACUCUGCAGUGGAGCUCUGAGUUUUGCUGCCUCUGGCCAAGAACCCAAGUUGUCUUUCAGCUUUGCCAUUCCUAAAGAAGACUGUCCUCUGGUCCCAUUAGUUCCAGCCAGCCAACGUAUGGAGGGUGCAGCAGAUCGUGAGGUGCUGGAUAAUGCAGUGCCUGCUGAGUCAGUAGAUGUGGUGCAGAUUUCAGCAUUGGAGAAGUCUGACUUGGAUCAAACUGCGAGUGCUGUGCCCAGAGAGGAUGAAAGCCAUGUCACACUAAAGAUGUCCAAGCCAGAGAGUGCCCCUGGGGAUAGCACAGUGAUAGAGAAAUCAGCAUCAGAGGGAGCUGCACAAAGGAAGAAAAAGAAGAAGAAACAAAAUGCAUCUGUCAGUAAAAAAGACGUGAAAGAAACUGAGACCAAGAGGAAGGCAAAGGUGGAAGCUAAUGGAUGCCAGAAUAAAGAUGCAGCCCAUCAGGAUGAGACCUCUCAGCAGUCAGAUGACCAGCUGCAGAAAGAGGUGGAUUGGUGUGUGGAACAACUGGAAAUUGGCUUGAAGACACAGAAAUCCACUCCCAAGCAGGUUGAGGAGGCUGUCCGUGCAAUCAGGACGCUGCGCAGUGACAAGGCUCCGCUGGUGAAGAAACGUCAAAUCAUGAGAGCCAUAUUUGGAGACUACAGGAAGAAGAUGGAGGAGGAGCUGUGCAAACAGCUGAAGCUUAUGCUAUGUGAUGCAAAAUCUGCCAAGAUCGUGGAAGUGCAGAACAAGAAAUGCCAGGUCAUCAGGAAGCGCCCUGGAGCAUGCAGUAAAAGCCAAGGAUCAGCAGGAUCCCUUCCGGAGUCAGCCGACACACCUGACACAGGCACAUUCAAAUUCACGGUUUCUCAAGAAGAGUUUCGCUUUAAUUUCUUCUAGGACAGUCUUUUAGAUUGGAACCAUGGCUCAAAACUCUGCUAAAGCUCCUUAAGAAGGAUGCUGUGCUAUAGAAAAUGUUACAGAGGAAUCCCAGUUUAUUUCCUAUGGAAAGGAUUCUCCUUUUGAGUGCCUUCAGAGGUGCAAAACAGAUCUGCCAGCCUGGCAUAUGAACCCAAGACUCAAUCUACUCCAGUAGUCCUCCAUGCUCACACUGUAGAAAGUCACCUUUGCAGCAUGGAGUCUGGUAGGCUCUGGUUUUCUUCCUGCAGAAUUUCUGUUAACUUAAGAAUGUCUCUUAUACUGUGAGUUUUUCCCACUCUCCUGUUGCCUUCAAGUAGAGGAGGCCUUUUUUAGCAAGUGAGAAAGCAGCACACACAAAACGGAAUGCUCUGUGAAGAAGACCCAGUUUCUGCAGAGGGAGAAGAGGGGAGGCAAUCUAAAUGCACUGGCUGUCUGGAUGAAUCCAUUCCACCUGACAGCUGUGCCAUGCAGCUUCUGGUGUCAAGGAAGCACAGGGCAGUGUGUAAUUACUGCUACUUUUAUUCAUAGAAUAAAAAAGUUCAGAAUCUGGGACAAAAAUGAGUGAGAAUCAUCCUUGCUCUUUCAUCUAUUUAAUUGACAGGUGUUGACUUAGAACAGCAGAUGCUGAUUUGUUCAAGCCUAGGAAUGUUAGAGCAAUAGUUUCCAGUCAGGGAAAGAUUUGUGUUUCUGAGCUCACUUUCAAGUAGCCCAGAGGAUAACUGAGUUGUGUGCUAAACUUUGGGUGGUGGUGAAAAGAGCUGUGGGAGCCCAAAGGUUCUCUUGCAUUUGAUUUGUAUUAAAUUUUUGCUUUCUGAUCGGCUGAAUGUGUGUCUCCUGGGUCUCUGUAUUGCUUCAGCCAGUCAGCCCGUGCCCUGCGUUCAUGCAGAAGUUCUUCCCCACUCAGCCUAAAAAAGCUGGGGGAACAGAAGUCCUUUAAAAGGAAAUGUGGUAUCAGGUGCCCUGGGGCCACAGUGCUUUCCUUCCUUUUUAUAGUCCAGUCAGUCAUCCUGUAUGAGAAGCAAGAAAUGGAAGUGUAGGCAGAUUCCAGCAUGUGCUGAGAGCAACAGAGUGUUGGUGGGAAACAUUUACAGAGAAAGACUUGGGAAAAAAAAACUCCUGCUGCCUACAAAAAGAAAUAGAUUUUAUUACUAAGCAGCCUGUUGCAUCUGCCAGGGUAUUUUUUGUUUAAAAUAUGUUAAAUUAUGACUGUCAGGGCAUAACGAGAAACUGAACGUGAGUAGCAUGUGCAGUGGGUAGAGAUGAGAAAGAAGACUUCAGUCUGGAAGCCAAUAGUUUAGGUGAUCCUUGUGGUUUGCUGGGAAGUACUGCAGGCAUUUUGACUCUGCGUAACAACCAGGAUUCAUUUUAUUUCCAGGAUUAAGUGUAUGAAAGCUGCACUGAUCUCAAACUUUUAACGUUUUCAUGCCAUUUGCUAAGAUUAAUGGCAUGCUGUAUGUGAGCUCAGAGCCUCAGUUCUUUCCUUACCUAGUUGGUGAUGCAGAAUAUGCCUGGGAAAUAGUUUUGGUUUUCUUCCUUUCUUUUUUCAGAUGAGUCCUGAGCUGGUGAGACACGGGAUGUUCCUGUGCUGUGGAAGGCUGCAGGAGCAUUCUAGGAAGCAUCCUUACACAUUCUUGCUUCGGUCUCUUUUCUUUAGGUAUCCACUAUUAGAAUAGAGAUACCGGUGAGUUGAAUAUUCAGUGUGACUUAAUCCAGCCAUGUUAUCUGCAAGGAAAGCAGAGGGAAAAAAAGGCAUUCUCAGAG